ACUUCUUUCCGACCACACCGACAUUUUUGCUGUGACAGUUUAACACUCAACUUUCACCAUGCGCAAAUGUCCCUACUGCCCAAUACGUUUGCGAGAUGGAAAGCAUUACAAGAAUCACGUUGACGAAGCUACGAAAAACUAAGAAAAGCAGCUGUACAGAGUCACGCGAUCAGUGCGCGUCAUUAUGUUGAAAUGAAUGUUGUUCUCAGCCAAACUAGUUCUGGAUUGGAAGAACAGAGAGGAACACGAGCAAGCUCAAUUAUGGGCGGUUUUACAUCAGCUUUCAGCGAGGCUGCAGGUCAAAACUGGGCUUUAUGCUUACUUCGUAUACAUACAUUGACAAGACUUAAUGGAUCCGGCGUAGCAGAUUAUCUGGACGUGUAUCUGGUGCAGGUUGAGUUGAUGGCACGGUUCUUGGUUGUCCAGAGUCUUGAGCGAAUGUUAGAGAUCCGAUUAGAGCAAGAUCCUUUGGAUCGAACAGUCGAAAAUGCAGACAUACUUGAACUAAGCAAUCAAGAAGUCGGUGAAAUUCGGUAUUCAAACGAGUCCGCAGCGCAAACUGUCAUGAAUGAAACUGUGAUUACCACUGAAUCUCAAAAAUCUCCUUUCCAGACAGCCAUAUCGAAUGACGGUGGAUCUGUCGACGAUUUUGACUUUGGCGAUAACCACAACGAACAGCCGGACAAUUUUUCUGGCAACCAUACCAUUACCAAGGAUCGCACGGUCAUUCUUAACGCUAUCGCUGCCCAAUUCCCGAUUGCAAUGCCGCUUGGCGUCGAAUUGCGCUUUAAGGAUAACUGGGUCCUUGUCGAAAUCACUACUCGGGAUGAAGCACAACGACACGCUCUUGAAACCAUUGGCCUAAACAUACACGGUCAUCCUAUUAUUGGUACUCCAGCACUACGAAAAGGUUCCGGUUUCUUGGGAAUCAGCCUGUAUCAUCUUCCCCACCGCCCCGAAAGCGAGCUCCAGCAAAGACAUUCAAUCCAUGCUUCAUCCUUUUGGAAAAGUCUUGGAGAUCAGUUGGUUUUGUCGCCUGAAUAUUCCGUCUUCAUAGGCCAAGGUUGUGCCUAUCGUGACGUCUCACAAACUGACAUGCAGCUGUCAACGCAUACAACUCUUCACCCUGGCCUGGAUUACUAUGUCCGCGCCUUUUGGAAAGGGUUGCCUCCCUAUUGCCGCCUUUGUCGAGAAGAUACACAUGAGAAAGAGCAUUGCCCUCGAGCAAAAACACAUAAUGUAAAAGCCUUUCAUCGUUGCGGCAAUUACGGCCAUGCUGUAUCCUCGUGUCCACGCUCGGUUAUUGCCACUGACUUCGCACAGACAGUUCCCGAUCAAGAUCUCGUAUCAUGCGACCUGGCCAGAACUGCGGCAGCCAGCGUCAAUGAGCUCCCUUCCUACGCAACAGUUCCUGUCGAACAUGGCAAUAUAGAGGUCUACUCGUCUGCGCCUAACUCUCCUACGCUGUCACAAGAUAUGGAAGUGGAUAUGGUGACGCUGUCCCUUGAGAAUUCUAUUUCAUCUAGUGCAAGCGAUCCAUCUGGUCCUGAUGCGUCACCCGCGGGUGACUCCUCUACCCAACCGUCUUUUCUGAAAUCUGUCAAUGACGUGGCUGUCAAACUUUGGGAUUCUACCUGUAGCGACUCUGGAACGCGUCGCAGCACACGCAAUCCCAAACUCAAUCCUAAAUAUCAAUGGAAGACAUCAGAUUGAAAAUGAGUACACUCAACUGUCGUGGCCUCCCUAAGACAGGCGAGCCAUCACAUAGUAAACAUUUCAUACGCUUUCUUCGAUCUCAAUCACUUGUUACAGGAAACUCAUGCCGAAUCUCCUGACCUCCAAUCUCGUUUUCAUUUCCACUUCUUCAUUUUGGUCACAACAUGUUGGAAUCAUGUCUCUUAACCCUUGUAUUUCUCUAUCUCUUGUUUCUUUCGAGUUGGAUGGUCGGGCUCUACUGUUCUGCCUCCCACACUAAUUUUGAUUUCCCCUCUUUCAUAUCAUCGUUAUUUAUGCCACAGCCCGCUCCUCACCACGUGGACCUUUUUACGCUUCUCUUGCGCAAUUGCCUUUUUUUUGCUUCUACGUCAGUAGACCGCAGCGUUUUGCUCGCAAUCGUUUGACUGGAUCGUUUGGAUCGUUUGACUGGAUCGUUUGAAAUCGUUUGGCUGGAUCGUUUGGAUCGUUU